CAACAAGUUGCCCCUUAUCAUCAAUUACUGGCCUCAAGCCAUGAAUUUCGGGAACUUGUCAAUGCUCACAAAGAGACUGCUGGUUCUGGUCAGCUUGCAGAUAUUACUUCUGCACUGAGACAUUCAAAUUAUGACAAAGAGAUUAGUCAAUGUUUCAUUGAGAAGCAAUUUAAAGAAUUAAAUGGUGAUCAAUUAAUUAAGCAAGAAGAGAGAGAAAGAGGAGGCAUAGGAUUGAAGCCUUAUUUGCAGUAUCUGAAUCAGAACAGUGGUUAUUUGUACUUCUCUGUGGCUUCUCUUUCUCACCUUAUGUUUGCCAUAUGCCAAAUAUUGCAGAAUUCAUGGAUGGCUGCAAAUGUUGACAAUCCUCAAGUCAGCACAUUGCAAUUGAUUGUUGUUUACAUGCUGAUUGGAGUUGGUUCUAUAGUUUUCAUGUUGAUCAGAAGUCUUCUUGCAGUUGCUAUGGGCCUUCAAUCAUCAAAAUAUUUAUUUUCUCAGUUGGUGAACUCCCUUUUCCGUGCGCCUAUGUCUUUUUAUGACUCCACACCUUUGGGAAGGAUACUUAGCAGGGUCUCAUUGGAUUUGAACAUUGUUGAUCUUGAUGUCCCAUUUAUCCUCACUUAUACUGCGGGAGCAACUAUAAACUGCUACGCUGAUCUUACUGUUUUAGCAAUUGUCACUUGGCAAGUCCUGUUUGUCGCUAUACCAACUGUUUAUGUUGUUAUCUGCAUUCAGGUAGUGAACUGAUUUAUCUUUGAAUUAUAUUAUACAAAAGAAAUGGUGCCUGCUAUUUUAAUCAAUUUUCAGAUACAUAAUGUUCAUUCUUUGGAAGGAGAGGGGUGGGUUGGGGAGGCUUACAAACUAACUCUUCAGGUUUUAUCUUUUUGGUGAAUUGGUAAUCAUUUGGUAAAUCCUUAUUAGUGUAACUUUUGGUAAUCCUUCUAUAACUUACUUUAACCCUAGAAUUUAAAAUAU